CGACCUGCAGUGUUGCCACUUCCUGUUUACGGGCGGGAAGAGUGAACCACGGCUGCAGAAGCUAGCGGGUUUAAAGCCCACCACUACUGUUUUCAUUCACGUGGAAGCUGGCGCUUGGCCGCUUUUUAAUGUUUCGAGUGUUGCGACUUGGAUCGGACACUCUUUAAUCGAAACAUUGCAAAAGACUUUCUUUCGCAGAUGGAGGACCCGGCCGCUGAUUCUGGCGGCGGUGGCUGUGGUGGUGCAUUAACACUGGGCCCAGUGGUGCCAGUGUCGGAUAUCUGCUGUACGAUAGGAACGCUCCCCUGUCGCCUCUUGGAGUGGAAAGUCAAGCCGGGCUCUCACGUCAACGUGGAUUCCGUAUUAGCGCUCUGUGUCCCCAUACCCGCGGAGAAGGGGGCAGAGACGCCCAGGCCACCCGAGAGAAAGGUUAAAUCGGACCGCGCGGGGGUCGUCAAGGAGCUGUGUUGUCAACCCGGACAGGUCAUACCUCCUGGGGGCGUCAUUGUCAGAAUAGCAGGAUGCAGCCACCCGAUCGUGAUGAAAGGCUUGUGUGCCGAAUGUGGCCAGGACCUGACUCAACUGCAGAGCGCAAAUGGAAACCAGCAAACUCCCAUCUCCACAGCAACCGUCUCCAUGGUGCACAGCGUACCAGAGUUGAUGGUCAGCUCAGAGCAAGCGGAGCAGUUAGGUCGAGAGGACCAGCAGCGGCUCCAUCGCAACAAAAAGCUGGUCCUGAUGGUGGAUCUGGACCAGACACUCAUCCACACCACCGAUCAGCACUGCCAGCAAAUGUCCAAUAAGGGCAUUUUCCACUUCCAGUUGGGGCGAGGAGAGCCGAUGCUUCACACGCGACUACGGCCGCAUUGCAAGGAAUUCCUGGAGAAAAUUGCCAAAUUAUACGAAUUGCAUGUCUUCACGUUUGGGAGCCGCCUUUAUGCACACACCAUUGCGGGCUUUCUAGACCCCGAAACAAAGCUGUUCUCCCAUCGCAUCCUGUCCAGAGAUGAAUGCAUCGACCCCUUCUCCAAGACGGGGAAUCUUAGGUAUCUUUUCCCCUGUGGGGACUCGAUGGUGUGCAUCAUUGAUGACCGUGAAGACGUGUGGAAGUUUGCGCCCAACCUCAUCACUGUGAAGAAGUACGUCUACUUCGAGGGCAUCGGGGACAUUAGCGCGCCGCCAGGUUCGCAAGAAGCUCUGAUGGCCAAGAAAGGAAAGCCAUCAGGCCGUGCUGCAGAGAGCCCAGAAGUGAACGAGACUCUCGGAGCGGAGGAGCAAAAUAACGGCCUCAGGAAAAAGUUGGUCAAAGACGGGCCGGCGGCAUCUCGCUGUUCUCAGGGCGUCCCGACAAAUGAACAACGGAUACAUACCUCCGCGUCUGUGCCAGAUGAGGCAUUGACGGAUAAACGUUCAGAGGCUGAGGAGGAGCCCGCAGCGACACAAACCCGAGGGCUUGAAAACAAGCAAGUUAGUAAAGAUGGGAGUAUUAGCAGGACAGGUGAGGCAAAGGACAGCGCAAACUCUUUGGCUCCCAACAAUGAGUCCAAUAAUCUGGACUUUGACCUUUCCAGUGACAGCGACAGUGAGUCUGUUAGAGAAAAGGCGCCUUCGGCGGGCGCCGUCAGCGAGGCGAAGAAAGCGGAGCCCGAAGCGGCCUCGCAAGACAACGGGAAGGAGACAAAAGAUGGAAACGGGAAAGUCCAAAGUUCUGAAUCAAUAGAAGCUUCGGACGUUCUCCUCCCCGAGCUGGGAAACGGCUGCUCGGACAGGAGGGAACCUGAAACCGAGUCGCAGAAUAGCGAGCAAUCCGGGGUGACCGUGGGGGAGGAGCUCCUGGACCAGAGCAUGGAGGACGAGGAGGAAGAGGAGGACGUGGAUAACGACGGCGACGAUCACCUCAUUUACCUGGAGGAAGUGCUGGAACGGAUCCACGGCGAGUACUACGCCCGUUACGAGGCUUUCCUCAAAAGCCAGGCGCCCGACGCGCCGGACAUUCGCAAGAUCGUCCCCGAGCUUAAGAGCAAGACCUUAGACGGCGCCACCAUAGUCUUCAGCGGCUUGUACCCGACCAACUACCCAAUAGAGAGGACUCGCGAGUACUAUCACGCCAAGGCGCUGGGGGCAAAGAUCGCCAAGAACUUGGUUCUGGAUUCGCAAGAACCCACUGGGACCACGCACCUCAUUGCGGCGAAAUCGGGCACGGAAAAGGUCCGUCAGGCGUUGGGCUGCAAGCACCUCCACGUGGUCAACCCCGACUGGCUGUGGAGUUGUCUGGAGCGCUGGGAGAGGGUGGAGGAGCACCUCUUCCCGCUAAAGGAGGACUACGCCAAGCAGCCGUGGAGCAACAGCCCAGCGGCUUUCCUUGACAAGCAGAGCUCCCGCCACAAGCCCCUUUUCCAACACCCGCCCUCAAUCCAGCACAGACCACCCCCGGCGCCCCCCGAGGUUCGAACCUACGACCCUGUCACCGGGAAGCUGAUUCGCAAGGCCCCUCCGGUGUCGCUCGCGGCGCCUUGCCUCCAGGCGUCCGAUCGACAAGAGCAGGAGGCGCUUCUCAGGGGAGCGCCAAACAGCCAACAAGAUGCGUCAGCGGGACCCAGCCGGGAUGACGAGUCGCUAGGGCGGUCGCGUCGGAAGCGCCAGCCGAGCAUGUCGGAAACGAUGCCGUUGUACACUCUUUGCAAGGAGGACCUGGAGAGCAUGGAUAAAGAGGUGGAUGACAUUUUGGGCGAGGAGAGCGACAACGAGAGCGAAGGGCGCGGGAAAGACAAAGCCGCUAAUGAGGACGAGGAGGAACGGCGACGGCGAGAAGCGCGGCCGCGGGAGCGAGCGCCCGGACCACCGACGGGGGGAGGGCCGCUUCGAGCGGAGGACCCGCUCCCGACGACAUGCGCCGAUGCCACUCUGCCGGCUACCGUGUCCAGGGGCCACAAACGAAAGCACGACAAGGACGACGAGUCCUCCAAAGAGUCCGACGACGACGAGGAAGAGGAGGAGGAGGAGGAGGAGGGAAGUUCCUCAGAGGCGGACGAGAUGGCGGCCGCUCUCGAGGCGGAGCUGAAUGACUUUAUGUGAAGUGGCUCACAUACGCGCACUAAAACAAUGAAUGUCCUGUACAGAAAAGACUUGUUGCCGUGUUUUGUAGCGUGAAUAUUCCUGACCAGCCUUUUUGUGGCCAUCAAACCGUUUGACAGAAUUUUAGUGGGAGGGGAAAAAUAAAAGGAAACAAAUGUGAUAUUUUUGAGUUUGGUUUUGUUCUGGGGGGUUUUUCUAUUACAAUUUUUAUAUUUGUUAGGGAAGAAAAGAGUGGCGAUAAAACUUCCAAAUCAUGUGGCCUCUUCAUGCCAAAGAAUUCAGUAGGUUUGCCUCCACGUGCAGCUAAACAUUAUUUUAUUGGUGUCGUCACUGCAACACUCGGUUCAUCCCCUGCAUCAGGUUUGUACACGUAUUGAAGAUUUGUUGUUUUUCACUUCCUGUAUUGCACUUUGAAACUGAUGUGAUCACCUUUUCUUGACAGCCUUUUCCAGACCGUCACACUCGAGCCAGCCGUACUUUGUGUUGUGGUAU